GAUGAUUUUUUUAGCGAAACUGCUUUGCAUACCUCAAAAUCCUGAAGAUAAUCACAAUUAAAAAAUCUGGAAAUGUGACGUAUUAUUAGGAGAACUCAGCGUUGCUCGUUACUCAUGUUUAUUGGUUAUAUCUCAUUUCAGAGCUUAGCGUGGGACUUCAGCGAAGGAGACGGAAAAUUAAGAUGUUCUGUGAUAGAGUUCAGAUUAUCUUAUAAUUAGAUAUCGUCUGAGGUUACAGGGGAACAGCAACUGUUUAUACGGCUCCGGGAAAUACCAAGGCUCUCCUGGGAAAUAUAAGUAUUUCUGUCGGAUGGGUGUUACAUAUGAAAAUGACACACUGGAUACUAAACCUAUACCAUCACUGGAGUAUACAAUAGUAGCCGUAGGCCUGCCCCUGCUUAUAUUCAUCAUCGGGCUCGCGGGUAAUAUCUUGGUCAUCGUUGUGAUUGUUAGAAGGAGGAGUCUCCAAACCCCCACUAAUUGUUACCUCCUAAGUCUGUGUUUCGCUGACUGUAUCCUCCUGCUCUCCUCAAAUCUUCCAACCAUUCCCGAGCCCCUACUUCCGGCAGAAGAUUGGCCUUAUGGAUCCUUCAUGUGUACAUUGUGUGUGUUUCUUGGAUAUCUGGGGGCAAAUGUUUCCUCACUCUCCAUUGGUGCCUUUACGGUGGAGAGAUACAUUGGGAUAUGUCAUUCCUUGAAAGCUCAGACAAUCUGCACGGUCAGCCGUGCGCGAAGGAUAAUUCUAGCGCUAUGGACCAUUGCCGUGUUGUAUUGUUCUCCGUGGCUUGCCUUGGCCAAAGUUGUUCCUACUUAUCGGAACAACACCUUGGUCUACAGUUGUACCUACACAUUAAAACGAUACUACUAUGGGAUCUACUAUGUUUUUGAUUUCCUGGUGUUCUAUGUUGUGCCUCUUGGUCUAUCUUCUGUGCUUUACUUUUUCAUGAUUAGAUUGCUAUUAAAGGAUGGGGCUCCAAGAACACACGAAGAUCGAUUCCUUCGACAUAGAAGCAGAGGGGUGGUGGCCAGAAUGCAGGUAAGGUUGCUUAUUCUAAUUUCUUAG